CCUUUCAGCAUCAAGGCGCGAGGCCAACAACGAGAGCUGUACGACAGCACUACUGUAGGAGAGAGGAGACGGAAGCUUGCCGACAUGGCCGCAAUGGAUGUCGACGAAUCAACGGUCGACCAUUUCUCGCAACGUCGGGCGCAAGACACUUUCUGGCCAGCCUACACUCUGAUCGAUAACCUUCCCAACGAAAUCUUGCUUACCAUCUUCCAACUCCUUUUCGACGAGGAUCGCGAGAGACGCAAAGCAGAUACCGAGUACUACAGCAAGGAGGCGGUGGAUACUAGGAACCCUAAGUUUUGGAAAUGGAAAGUGCGCCGUCCCAAAUGUACCACCCUCUUCCCCCUCUCCCCUGCUGCUGUCUGCCACAAGUGGCGAGCCGUUCUCGCUAUGGAACCCGCCUUCUGGACAAGAGUUGUCAUCUUCGUUGACAAGGCGGGCACACCUGCCUCGUUCAUCCCUGAGUACUUCGCUUGGUCGCGCGACAAACUUAUAGACGUGGAGAUCACGCGUCGUCAAACCCAGAACGGGUGGUAUCGUCCCGAUGACGAGCACGAGAGCGCGCGCGUAGAGCACGUCAUGAUGCAUCUGCAGCAUCAUCUGCACCGCUGCAAGAGCAUCCGGCUUUACAUCAAGUACAGGACAUCUCUGCUGGACGCGGUGCGCUAUUUGGUGGGAGAAGCUCCUCACCUGCGGAGAUUGGAGUUAUAUGCUCGGAACCGUGACACGGAACGGAAGAUCGAACAUCAACUUGUGUGCCCCGCUUUGCCUUUGUCUGCGUAGCUUGUCUAAUAAAUGUACUCC